UGAAUUGCUUAACCCCCAUAGGCCCUAAUAGCGGCAAAUAAGUUUUUUUUGGGCCUUUCUCCUCCUUUCACCCUCUAUCUUCAAUAAAGAACCAAUUUUUAUGAUAAAAGAAUCAAUUUUUACAGUAAAGAACCAAUUUUUAUUGGUUUAAGAAGAGGUGAGGGGUGAGAAGAGAAGGGUAAAGAACCAUAAAAUCUAAGUGGGGUGUUGUUUUUUUGUAAGUUCUUGUUCUGCAAAUUUCUCUCUAUAAUGGCUUGCAGUGUUGCAGACUCUGGUUUCCUGGUCUUGGCUUCCAAGAAAGGACCAGUUCAUAGCACUAGAAUUGGGCAAAUUGCUUCUUCAGGAGCAUGUUGUUUAAAGUGGGAAAGUCUACCUCAGAUAAGCUCGAAACAGAAAGGCUGCUUAAUUUACUCGAGAAAGAAAAAUGUUAUACAAGCUGUUGCCGUUCCAAUAGCACCUGCACCCUUAGACUCUGCAGAGGAAAGGAAUCGAUUAAGUGAAAAAUAUGGUUUUAGACAAAUUGGAGAACCACUACCUGAUAACGUUACAAUGAGAGAUAUUACUGAGUCACUACCAAAGAAGGUAUUUGAGAUUGACGAUGGGAAGGCAUUGAAGUCUGUUUUGAUCUCAGUAACUUCAUACACACUGGGGCUCUUCAUGAUUGCCAAAGCUCCAUGGUAUCUACUUCCCCUGGCCUGGGCUUGGACAGGAACAGCAGUUACAGGGUUUUUUGUUAUAGGACAUGAUUGCGCUCACAAAUCCUUCUCAAAGAACAAAUUAUUGGAAGAUAUUGUUGGAACACUAGCCUUUUUGCCAUUGAUAUAUCCCUAUGAGCCAUGGAGGUUCAAGCAUGAUCGGCAUCACGCAAAAACAAACAUGUUGCACGAAGACACAGCUUGGCAGCCUGUUUGGAAGGAGGAGUUCGAUUCAGUCCCUGCCCUGAGGAAGGCAAUUAUAUUAGGUUACGGCCCUAUUCGACCUUGGAUGUCUAUAGCUCACUGGUGGCUCUGUCAUUUCAAUUUGAGUAAGUUCAGACCAAAUGAAAUUGACAGAGUGAAAAUAAGUUUGGGUUGCGUCUUCGCUUUUAUGGCAAUCGGCUGGCCACUGAUAAUCUGGAAAACAGGGAUUAUUGGAUGGAUCAAGUUCUGGUUAAUGCCAUGGUUGGGUUAUCAUUUUUGGAUGAGUACUUUUACAAUGGUUCAUCAUACGGCUCCCCACAUACCCUUCAAAACUUCUGAUGAGUGGAAUGCUGCUCAGGCCCAGCUGAAUGGCACAGUUCACUGUGACUAUCCUAGUUGGAUUGAGGUUCUUUGUCAUGAUAUCAAUGUUCAUAUUCCCCACCACAUAUCCCCCAGAAUACCAAGUUAUAAUUUACGGGCAGCUCAUCAAUCUCUCCAAGAGAAUUGGGGAAAGUACCUUAACGAGGCUUCAUGGAACUGGCGUCUAAUGAAGACAAUACUGACAGUAUGUCAUGUCUAUGAUAAGGAGCGGAAUUAUGUUCCAUUUGAUGAAAUUGUCCCCGAAGAAGCCAAGCCAAUCACAUUCCUUAAAAAAGUAAUGCCUGACUACGCUUGAUUAGCGUGCACCUCAAAAGGUCAAUUUUCACUUGCUUCAUUCUUUGGGAAGAUAUCCUUUCAAUCCUAUUGGGUCCGGUCAAGGGCCCAAAUGUCAAGUUCUCACAAAUAUUGUAAGACUUGUUUUAACACAUUAAAGAGAGAAAUAUCUUCUCAAAAA